ACCCUGCCUGGCGCCUCUCCCACCCGAGCGCCCGCAUCCGCAGGGUGGGCAUGCGCCCUGCAGCCCGGGGGGGGGGGCCUAUGGCCGUGCGCCCCUGGGUUGCGCCUACGGCCGUGCGCGGGCGCGGGGCGCAGGCCUGGGUUGACGGGGCGCGCAGGAGGCCGUUGCCGGGGCGUCCGUAGCUAGGGUCGCCGUUGUCACGGACGCCAGGCCGGCACCCGGCUCCCUCGGCCCGGCGCCGCGCCAUGGACGACCUGCGGGUGCUGUGGAUGCGCGACCGCGUGUACACCGCCUUCGGCCUCACCGACCCCCAGCUCUUUGAGGAGCUGCUGAACCGCGACGACGGCGAGGCGGAGGACGAGAUCCUGCACUUCCUCAACAAGGCGAGCGAGGAGGAGGGCGCCUUAACGCUCUUCUUCUACCGCACGGUGGUGCCCGAGGAGGAGGUGGAGAUAGAUGAGCCACUUGUUGGCUCUGAAGAGGAAGAAGAAGAAGAAGAAACUGAUUCUCAAAAAAUGGAGUCCACGGAUAAAGUGUCAGCUAAGAUUUUCCAGCGGAAAAGUGGUUCCGUCCGUCAAUCUUCAGUUGGCAUAGAGAAUGAGGAAAUAGACAGAGACAUUUCAGAGAAACUCUACACCAAAAGACUUGUGAAGCACAUCGUGGAAAGGACCUAUCUCCAUGUGCUGUGUACUCCUGUCCCUGAGUUGUUUCUGGACCAGAAUGUGGUAUUUUUUCUCAGAAAUGCCAAAGAGACAGUCACUGAAGCUGUUGACAUGAAGGAAGCCAUGGAAAUCAUGCCCGAGGUGCUGGAGUAUGGAAUUAUAAAUGCAAAUGUGCUGCAUCUUCUGAAGGAUAUUAUAGCUCAGGUAUUUUUGCCAGCACUGUCUUUCAAUCAGCACAAGAUGGAUACGAGCACGGGACUUGCAUCUGGAGAAAUCCCUAACUCUUCUGUGUAUGACAUGGUGGUGGACCUGCCCAGCAUGCCAGGGGAAGCCGUGGAAUAUCACAGUAUUCAACUAAUACGGGAUGAAUUUUUAAUGAACAUUCAGAAAUUCGUAAAUGGCAUUCAAAGAACAAUGCAGCAACUUGAAGGUGAGAUCAAGUUAGAAAUGCCGACUAUCAGUCUAGAAGGAGAAGUGUCUGAUCUGGCAGCUGACCCAGAAACUCUUGAAAUCUUGGAGCAAUGUGUGAUAAACUGGCUGAAUCAGAUAUCUGCAGCCGUAGAGGACCAGCUGAAGAAAACACCGCAGGGUCGUGGCCCUCUGGCUGAAAUUGAAUUCUGGCGGGAAAGAAAUGCAACCUUAAGUGCACUUCAUGAACAAACAAAGCUUCCCAUAGUUAGAAAAGUCUUGGAUGUGAUCAAGGAAGCAGACUCUAUGCUUGUGUCUAACCUGCAGCCAGUCCUGACCGAAUUAUUCAAGUUCCACACAGAGGCCUCGGACAACGUGCGGUUUCUUUCCACCGUGGAACGUCAUUUCAAGAACAUAACACAUGGAUCUGGCUUUCAAGUCGUUUUGGACACCAUCCCCUCCAUGAUGAGCGCCCUGCGGAUGGUGUGGAUCAUCUCCCGACACUACAAUAAGGACGAGAGGAUGAUUCCGCUCAUGGAGCGCAUUGCCUGGGAGAUCGCUGAGAGAGUCUGCAGAGUGGUCAACCUGCGGACUUUGUUCAAAGAAAACCGAGCAAGUGCACAACACAAAACCCUAGAGGCCAAGAACACCCUCAAGAUGUGGAAAAAGGCCUACUUUGACAUCCGGGCCAAGAUUGAGGCUUCAGGGAGAGAAGCUCGAUGGGAGUUUGAUCGGAAGCGGCUGUUUGAGAGGACUGAUUACAUGGCCUCCAUCUGCCAGGACCUGUAUGACAUUCUGCAGGUUAUAGAGGAAUUUUACAACAUAUUUGGUCCAGAACUAAAAGCAGUGACAGGAGAUCCCAAGCGCAUUGACGAUGUCCUGUGCAGGGUGGAUAGCCUGGUCACCCCCAUGGAAAACCUGAACUUUGACCCCUUCAGCAUCAAGUCCUCCAAUUACUGGAAAUAUGUGAUGGAUGAGUUCAAGAUUGAAGUUCUGGUUAUUGAGAAAGAAGCAAAAAAUUUUAUUGACGAAUCUUUUAAGACACUUCGAUCAGCCGAAGCAGCAUUUGACAUGCUUUUAAAAUUUAAGCAUAUUCGUUCACGGGAGGCUGUUAAUCGACAAAUGAUGAUGAAAUUUAAUGAUAUUCUUGUACAGUAUUGCAAAGAGGUUGACAUAGUCAAUAAAAUCUUUGUCCAGAACCUUGAUAAUCCACCACUGUACAAGAACCACCCUCCAAUAGCGGGUGCCAUCUACUGGGAACGAUCUCUGUUCUAUCGAAUUAAGCACACCAUCCUGAGAUUUCAAGAAGUAGAGGAGAUACUAGAAGGUGAACGAGGACAGGAAGUCAAACAAAAAUACAUGGAAGUGGGUAAGACGAUGAAGGAGUAUGAAGAUAAAAAGUACGUGCAGUGGAGAGAGACCACAGAACAGAUCCUCCCAAGCCUCAUGAAGAAGAGUCUUCUGACCAAGAUUUCUACCCCUGCCGAUGAGCCUUCCACUCAAGAAAAAGGAACUGUUUUUGUCAUCAAUUUUUCACCUGUGCUCAAAGAAAUUAUUAAUGAAACAAAGUACUUGGAACAGCUGGGGUUUGUUGUCCCUGAAUUAGCAAGAAAUAUUGCUCUCCAGGAAGACAAAUUCCUUAGGUACACAGAGGGGAUACAGCGCAUGUUGGAUCAUUAUCACACACUCAUAGGAACGUUAAAUGAGGCGGAAACUACUCUUCUUGAUGAUCAUUCCCAGGAAUUAAUCCGAGUGUUUAGGUCUGGAUAUAAGAGAUUGAAUUGGAACUCACUAGGUAUUGCUGACUAUAUAACUCGGUGCAAACAGGCCAUUGGGAAAUUCGAAUCUCUUGUCCACCAGAUUCAUAAGAAUGCAGAUGAAAUUUCUUCCAGGCUUAUGUUAAUAGAGGGCAUAAAUCUCUUUAAAUAUCCAGCACCUAAAAGUGAGGAAGAACUCCCAGGCGUGAAAGAAUUCUUUGAGCACAUUGAUCGGGAAAGGGCCAGAGACGUGGAGCACAUGGUCCGGUGGUAUCUUGCCAUCGGACCCCUGUUGACCAAAGUUGAGGGUCUAGUCAUCCAUACUAACACAGGCAAGGCUCCCAAGCUGGCCUCCUACUAUGAAUACUGGGAAAAUAGAAUGUAUGAGGUCCUGACAAAGCUCAUCCUGAAGAAUUUGCAUGCUUUUAACACUUUAAUCCUUGGAAACGUCCCUUUGUUCCAAGCGGAAACCAUUUUGACUGCUCCUGAGAUAAUCCUUCAGCCCAACGCAAAUGAGAUUGACAAAAUGUGCGUCCACUGUGUCCGGAAUUGCGUGGAGAUCACCAGGCAUUUUGUUCGAUGGAUGAAUGGCAGCUGCAUUGAAUGCCCACCUCAGAAGGGGGAGGAAGAAGAAACUGUUAUAAUAAGCUUUUACAAUGACAUUUCUCUGAACCCUCAGAUAAUUGAACAAGCUGUUAUGAUCCCACAAAAUAUCCACAGGAUUCUGGUCAGUCUUAUGAAGUAUCUGCAAAAAUGGAAGCGGUAUCGGCCACUCUGGAAAUUGGACAAAGCUAUUGUGAUGGAGAAAUUUGCGGCCAAGAAACCCGCUUGUGUAGCAUAUGACGAAAAGUUGCAGUUCUAUUCCAAGAUAGCCUAUGAGGUCAUGCGCUACUCUCUAAUUAAAGAGGAACAUUGCAUUAGGCUUCAACUAGGGCCUCUGGCAAACACCGUGCAGGAAAACGCCAAGUCCUGGGUGAUUUCUCUUGGAAAACUUCUCAACGAGUCAGCAAAGGAGGAGCUCUAUAAUCUCCAAGAGGAAAUCGAGCACCUGGCCAGAAACCUUAAGAAGAGCCCCACUACCCUUGAAGAUCUCAAGUUUGUCCUCGCAACAAUUGCAGAAAUUAGAAGUAAAUCGUUAGUCAUGGAACUAAGAUACAGGGACGUGCAGGAGCGGUACCGCACCAUGGCAAUGUAUAACCUCUUUCCUUCAGAUGCAGAGAGGGAGCUGGUUGACAAGAUCGAGAGCAUGUGGUCCUCUCUGUUUAAUGAUUCAGUGACUGUGGAGCAUACUCUUGGGGGCAUAAAGAAAACUUUCACAGAGAUUACUCGAGGCGAAAUAAUGAACUACCGAACUGAGGUAGAGGAGUUUGCAAAACGUUUUUACAGUGAAGGUCCUGGUUCUGUUGGUGACGAUCUUGAUAAAGGAAUGGAGCUUCUGGGUGAAUUUGAAAGAGAGCUGGCAAAACAUGAAAGGAACCGUCAGGAGUUGGCGAACGCUGAGAAACUUUUUGAUCUUCCUAUUACGAUGUAUCCAGAGCUAGUCAAGGUGCAGAAGGAGGUGAAUGGGCUGAGGAUGAUUUAUGAUCUCUAUGCAGGACUAAAGGUUGCAAAAGAAGAAUGGUCUCAGACCCUUUGGGCCAACCUGAAUGUGCAGUUUCUCCAGGAUGGAAUUGAAGGUUUUCUCAAGGCUCUCAGGAAGCUGCCUCGGUCAGUCCGCAACCUGUCAGUGGCCUACUAUUUGGAAGCAAAAAUGAAGGCAUUCAAAGACUCAAUUCCUUUACUUCUUGACUUGAAGCACGAUGCCCUAAGAGACAGGCACUGGAAUGAACUGAUGGAAAAAACAGGUGUCUUUUUUGAAAUGACCGACACGUUCACCUUGGAAAAUAUGUUUGCUAUGGAACUUCACAAACACUCGGAUGUUCUUAAUGAGAUUGUUACAGCAGCUACCAAGGAAGUCGCCAUCGAGAGGGCCGUGAAGGAAAUCCUGGACACGUGGGAAAACAUGAAAUUCUCUGUGGUCAAAUAUUACAAAGGCACACAGGAGCGAGGCUACGUUUUGGGCUCUGUUGAUGAGAUUGUUCAGAGUCUUGAUGACAAUACUUUCAACCUGCAAAGCAUCUCAGGAAGCAGAUUUGUGGGGCCUUUUCUGCAAACUGUUCACAAAUGGGAAAAAACACUUUCUCUAAUUGGAGAAGUUAUUGAGAUUUGGAUGUUGGUACAGAGAAAAUGGAUGUAUCUUGAAAGCAUUUUUAUUGGUGGAGAUAUAAGAUCGCAACUUCCGGAUGAGGCAAAAAAGUUUGACAACAUUGAUAGAAUAUUUAGAAGGAUCAUGGGUGAGACCUUAAAAGACCCUGUGAUCAAGCGAUGUUGUGAAGCCCCAAACCGCCUCAAUGACCUGCAGCUCAUCAGUGAGGGCCUGGAGAAGUGCCAGAAGAGCUUAAAUGACUACUUAGACUCAAAGAGAAAUGCCUUCCCGAGGUUCUUCUUCAUUUCUGAUGAUGAGCUGCUCAGCAUCUUGGGAAGCAGCGACCCGCUCUGUGUCCAGGAGCACAUGAUAAAGAUGUUUGACAACAUUGCCUCACUGAGGUUUAAUGACGGGGACAGUGGAGAAAAACUGGUGUCAGCGAUGAUUUCAGCAGAAGGAGAAGUCAUGGAGUUUCGGAAGAUUAUCCGGGCCGAAGGGCGUGUAGAGGACUGGAUGACAGCGGUUUUGAAUGAGAUGAGAAGGACUAAUAGACUCAUCACCAAAGAGGCUAUUUUCAGAUACUGUGAGGACAGAAGCAGAGUCGACUGGAUGCUCCUGUACCAAGGCAUGGUGGUGCUAGCAGCCAGCCAGGUGUGGUGGACCUGGGAGGUGGAAGAUGUCUUCCGCAAAGUGCAGGCAGGGGAGAAGCAGGCCAUGAAGAACUAUGGCAGGAAAAUGCACCGGCAAAUCGAUGAGCUGGUAACUCGUAUCACCAUGUCCUUAAGCAAAAACGACAGGAAGAAAUAUAACACUGUUCUCAUUAUUGAUGUGCACGCCAGGGAUAUCGUGGAUUCUUUCAUCAGAGGCAGCAUUCUUGAAGCCCGGGAGUUUGAGUGGGAAAGUCAGCUGCGGUUUUACUGGGACCGAGAGCCAGACGAGUUGAACAUCCGGCAGUGCACAGGGACCUUCGGCUACGGCUAUGAGUACAUGGGGCUGAAUGGGCGUCUGGUCAUUACGCCCCUCACCGACCGCAUCUACUUGACACUCACCCAGGCACUGUCCAUGUAUUUGGGUGGCGCCCCUGCUGGCCCAGCAGGGACUGGCAAAACUGAGACCACCAAGGACCUCGCAAAAGCCUUGGGCUUGCUCUGCGUUGUAACCAACUGCGGCGAAGGCAUGGAUUACAAAGCUGUGGGGAAGAUUUUCUCUGGUCUUGCCCAGUGUGGGGCUUGGGGCUGCUUUGAUGAGUUUAAUCGAAUCGACGCCUCUGUGCUCUCAGUUAUCUCGUCUCAAAUCCAGACAAUCCGAAAUGCUCUGAUCCAUCAGUUAACCACAUUCCAGUUUGAAGGCCAGGAGAUCUCCCUGGACUCCCGGAUGGGCAUCUUCAUCACCAUGAACCCUGGCUACGCAGGCCGCACAGAGCUGCCAGAGUCGGUGAAGGCCCUCUUCAGGCCCGUGGUUGUGAUCGUGCCCGACCUACAGCAGAUCUGUGAGAUCAUGCUUUUCUCCGAGGGCUUCCUCGGGGCCAAGACUCUGGCAAAAAAGAUGACGGUCCUGUAUAAGCUGGCCCGGGAGCAGCUCUCCAAACAGCAUCAUUAUGAUUUUGGACUCAGGGCCUUGAAAUCGGUGCUGGUGAUGGCUGGUGAGCUGAAGAGAGGCUCCUCUGACCUUAGAGAGGAUGUGGUGCUGAUGCGGGCCCUUCGAGACAUGAAUCUGCCCAAGUUUGUGUUUGAAGAUGUCCCUCUUUUCCUCGGUUUGAUCUCCGAUCUGUUUCCAGGACUAGACUGCCCUCGCGUCCGCUACCCGGACUUCAAUGAUGCUGUAGAGCUUGUCCUUGGGGAGAGCGGCUACGUGGUCCUGCCCGUGCAGGUGGAUAAAGUGGUUCAAAUGUUCGAGACCAUGUUAACCCGCCACACGACAAUGGUGGUGGGGCCCACGGGAGGGGGCAAGUCCGUGGUCAUUAAUGCCUUGUGUCAGGCCCAGACCAAGCUUGGGAUAGUGACAAAGUUGUACACCCUGAACCCCAAGGCUGUGAGCGUCAUAGAACUCUACGGUAUCCUGGACCCCACCACCAGAGACUGGACAGAUGGGGUAUUGUCAAACAUCUUCAGGGAAAUCAACAGGCCAACGGAUAAGAAGGAGCGAAAGUACAUAUUAUUUGAUGGUGAUGUGGAUGCUCUGUGGGUGGAAAACAUGAAUUCAGUGAUGGAUGACAACAGGCUACUGACAUUGGCCAAUGGGGAACGUAUUCGGCUUCAAGCACACUGUGCUCUGCUCUUUGAGGUUGGAGAUUUACAGUAUGCGUCCCCUGCAACUGUCUCUCGAUGUGGAAUGGUUUAUGUGGAUCCUAAAAACUUGAAAUAUCAACCAUAUUGGAAAAAGUGGGUUAAUCAAAUACAAAACAAGGUGGAGCAAAGCACCUUAGAUAGUCUCUUUGGGAAGUAUGUGCCCUAUCUCAUCGAUGUGAUAGUGGAAGGGAUAGUGGAUGGAAGACAAGGAGAGAAGCUGAAGACAAUCGUCCCACAGACAGACCUAAAUAUGGUAACCCAGUUAACCAAGAUGUUGGAUGCAUUACUAGAAGGAGAAAUAGAGGACGCUGACCUGCUGGAGUGCUUCUUCCUAGAGGCUCUGUACUGCUCUCUGGGUGCCUCCCUGCUCGAGGAUGGAAGGGCUAAAUUUGAUGAGUGUAUUAAACGCAUUGCGUCUUUGCCUAGUGCUGACACAGAAGGAGUUUGGGCCAGACCUGGGGAAUUGCCAGGUCACCUACCAACCCUGUACGACUUUCACUUUGAUAAUACACGGAAUCGGUGGGUCCCGUGGAGUAAGUUAGUUCCAGAGUACAUCUACUCUCCAGAGAGGAGAUUUAUUGACAUCCUGGUUCAUACCGUGGACACAACUCGAACUACUUGGAUAUUGGGACAAAUGGUUAAAAUUAAGCAAGCUGUUAUUUUUGUUGGAGAAUCUGGCACUUCUAAGACAGCCACAACCCAGACCUUCCUCAGAAAUCUGAAUGAAGACACACACAUUGUGUUAAUGGUCAAUUUCUCCUCCCGCACCACAUCCAUGGAUAUCCAAAGAAAUUUAGAAGCAAAUGUGGAAAAGCGAACCAAAGACACUUACGGGCCACCAAUGGGGAAGCGCCUGCUGGUGUUCAUGGACGACAUGAACAUGCCCAAGGUGGAUGAAUAUGGCACACAGCAGCCCAUUGCCUUGCUGAAAUUGCUGUUGGAGAAAGGCUACUUGUAUGACCGUGGGAAGGAGCUGAACUGUAAAAGCAUUCGAGACCUUGGCUUUAUUGCUGCCAUGGGAAAAGCUGGUGGAGGCCGCAAUGAAGUCGACCCAAGAUUUAUCUCACUGUUCAGCGUCUUUAAUGUGCCAUUCCCAUCAGAGGAGUCUUUGCAUUUAAUUUAUUCCUCCAUCCUGAAAGGCCAUACCUCGACAUUUCAUGAAAGCAUUGCAGCCUUGAGUGAUGGGCUGACGAUCUGCACGUUAGCACUUUACAAAAAUGUUAUUCAGGAUCUACCUCCUACACCUUCAAAGUUCCAUUACAUCUUUAACCUUCGAGAUCUCUCUCGAGUUUUUAAUGGUCUUGUCCUCACUAACCCAGAGAGAUUCCAGACUGUGGCUCAGAUGGUGAGAGUCUGGAGGAAUGAGUGUCUGAGAGUCUUUCACGACCGACUGAUCAGUGAAAUGGACAAGCAGCUGGUACAAGAGUACAUAAGAAGCUUGGUUAUGGAGCAUUUUAAUGAUGAAUUGGAGAUGGUGAUGAGAGAUCCCAUACUAUUUGGAGACUUCCGGAUGGCUCUGCAUGAAGACGAGCCACGCAUUUAUGAAGACAUCCAAGACUACGAGGCGGCCAAGGCUCUGUUCCAGGAAAUUCUUGAAGAAUAUAAUGAAAGUAACACCAAAAUGAACUUGGUUCUUUUUGAUGACGCCCUGGAGCACUUAACCCGGGUGCACCGCAUCAUCCGAAUGGACCGCGGCCAUGCUCUGCUAGUGGGUGUCGGGGGCUCGGGGAAGCAGUCUCUUGCAAGGCUAGCUGCCUUCACAGCUGGCUGCGAGGUAUUUGAGAUCUUGCUGAGCCGAGGCUACGGGGAGAGCAAUUUCCGGGAAGAUCUGAAGAACCUUUAUCUGAAACUUGGCAUUGAGAACAAAACAAUGAUCUUUCUGUUCACGGAUGCCCACGUGGCCGAGGAGGGCUUCCUGGAGCUCAUCAACAACAUGCUGACCUCAGGAAUUGUACCUGCACUUUUCGCAGAAGAGGACAAGGAGUCUAUCCUCAGUCAGAUUGGACAAGAGGCUGCCAAACAGGGCAUGGGGCCAGCCAAGGAGUCUGUGUGGCAGUACUUUGUGAACAAAAGUGCAAACAACCUGCACAUCGUCUUAGGCAUGUCGCCGGUGGGAGAUACCCUGAGGACCUGGUGCAGAAAUUUCCCAGGUAUGGUAAAUAACACUGGUAUUGACUGGUUCAUGCCCUGGCCUCCCCAAGCUCUCCAUGCAGUGGCUAAGUCAUUUUUAGGGGAUAACUCAUUGAUCCCACCAGAAAACAUGGAAGAUCUGGUAGAGCAUGUUGUUUUGGUUCACGAGUCCGUGGGGCAAUUCAGCAAACAAUUUCUGCAGAAACUCAGACGCAGCAACUACGUAACUCCCAAGAAUUACCUUGAUUUUAUUAACACCUAUGCAAAAUUACUGGAUGAGAAAACUCAGUAUAACAUAGCUCAGUGCAAACGUCUGGAGGGGGGCCUGGACAAGCUGAAGGAGGCCACCAUUCAGCUGGAUGAGCUGAACCAAAAGCUGGCCGAACAGAAGAUUGUGCUGGCGGAGAAGUCUGCUGCCUGCGAGGCCUUGCUGGAGGAGAUUGCCACCAACACGGCCAUAGCGGAGGAAAAGAAGAAGCUGGCAGAAGAGAAGGCCAUGGAGAUAGAGGAGCAGAACAAGAUCAUUGCAGUGGAGAAGGCGGAGGCUGAAACAGCCCUUGCUGAGGUCAUGCCCAUCCUAGAGGCUGCCAAGCUGGAGCUGCAGAAGCUGGACAAGUCGGACGUGACUGAGAUCAGGUCAUUUGCUAAGCCCCCGAAGCAGGUGCAGACGGUCUGCGAGUGCAUCCUCAUCAUAAAAGGGUACAAAGAGCUCAACUGGAAAACCGCCAAAGGCAUGAUGUCUGAUCCAAAUUUCCUAAGGUCUCUGAUGGAGAUUGAUUUUGAUUCAAUUUCCCAGAGCCAGGUUAAAAAUAUCAAAGGCCUCUUGAGGACUCUGAACACCACAAUCGAAGAAAUGGAAGCUGUCAGCAAAGCCGGGCUGGGAAUGCUGAAAUUUGUUGAAGCUGUGAUGGGCUACUGUGAUGUUUUCAGAGAAAUCAAGCCCAAGAGAGACAAGGUGGCCAGGCUAGAGCGGAAUUUUUACCUAACUAAACGGGAACUAGAAAGGAUCCAGAAUGAGUUGGCAACUAUCCAGAAAGAACUGGAAGCUUUGGGUGCCAAAUAUGAGGCAGCCAUACUGGAAAAGCAAAAGCUGCAGGAAGAAGCCGAAAUCAUGGAGAGGCGGCUGAUCGCUGCUGACAAGCUCAUCUCGGGUCUGGGAUCGGAAAACGUCAGGUGGCUGAAGGACUUGGAUGAGCUGAUGCACCGGCGUGUGAAGCUGCUGGGGGACUGCCUUCUCUGUGCUGCCUUCCUGAGCUAUGAAGGUGCCUUCACCUGGGAGUUCCGAAAUGAGAUGGUCAAUCAGAUUUGGCAAAAUGACAUCCUGGAGCGAGACAUCCCCCUGAGCCAGCCUUUCCGGCUCGAAAGCCUACUCACAGAUGAUGUCGAGAUCAGCAGGUGGGGCUCCCAGGGGCUGCCCCCUGAUGAGCUGUCAAUUCAAAACGGCAUCCUCACCACCCGUGCCAGCCGCUUCCCCCUCUGCAUCGACCCCCAGCAACAGGCUCUCAACUGGAUAAAGAGGAAAGAGGAGAAAAACAACCUGCGGGUUGCUUCCUUUAAUGACCCUGACUUCCUCAAGCAGCUAGAGAUGUCCAUAAAGUAUGGGACUCCUUUCCUGUUCCACGAUGUUGAUGAAUACAUUGAUCCUGUGAUUGAUAAUGUCUUAGAAAAAAAUAUAAAAGUCACUCAAGGACGGCAGUUUAUUAUACUGGGAGACAAGGAAGUUGACUAUGACUCAAAUUUCAGGCUGUAUCUAAACACCAAGAUGGCCAAUCCCAGAUAUUCCCCCUCAGUGUUUGGGAAAGCCAUGGUGAUCAAUUAUACAGUCACACUGAAGGGCCUGGAGGACCAGCUUCUGAGUGUGCUGGUGGCCUACGAGAGGCGGGAGCUGGAAGAGCAGAGGGAGCACCUCAUCCAGGAGACCAGCGAGAAUAAGAAUCUGCUCAAGGACCUGGAGGAUUCCCUCCUCCGGGAACUGGCAACCUCCACGGGGAACAUGCUGGAUAAUGUGGAGCUGGUGCAGACCUUGGAAGAGACCAAGUCUAAAGCCACAGAGGUAUCAGAGAAGCUCAGGCUGGCAGAGAAGACGGCCCUGGACAUUGACAGGCUACGAGAUGGCUACCGGCCGGCUGCCAGGAGGGGGGCCAUCCUGUUCUUCGUCCUAUCCGAGAUGGCCCUUGUGAAUGCCAUGUAUCAGUACUCCCUGAUCGCCUUCUUAGAUGUUUUUGGGUUGUCACUUAAGAAGUCGCUGCCUGACUCCAUUCUCAUAAAGCGAUUAAAGAACAUCAUGGACACGCUGACUUUCAACAUCUAUAACUAUGGCUGCACAGGAUUGUUUGAGAGGCACAAGCUACUCUUUUCUUUUAAUAUGACUAUCAAGAUAGAACAAGCAGAAGGGAGAGUCCCCCAGGAAGAACUAGAUUUCUUUUUAAAAGGAAACAUCUCCCUGGAGAAAAGCAAACGGAAAAAGCCCUGCACUUGGCUGUCCGACCAGGGAUGGGAAGAUAUCAUUCUUUUAUCAGAAAUGUUUUCAGAUGACUUUGGGAAGCUUCCUGAUGAUGUUGAGGAUCAUCAGACCGUCUGGCAGGAGUGGUAUGACCUGGAUUCACUGGAACAGUUUCCGUUCCCCUUGGGUUAUGAUAAAAACAUCACCCCUUUUCAGAAGUUGCUUAUUUUGCGCUGUUUCCGUGUGGAUCGGGUAUAUCGGGCAGUGACUGACUAUGUGACUGUAACAAUGGGAGAGAAGUAUGUGCAGCCCCCGAUGAUCAGCUUUGAGGCCAUUUUUGAGCAGAGCACACCAAAUUCACCCAUUGUGUUCAUCCUGAGUCCUGGCUCUGACCCUGCCAGUGAUCUCAUGAAAUUAGCUGAGCGAAGUGGCUUUGGAGGAAAUCGUCUCAAAUUUCUUGCGAUGGGUCAAGGUCAGGAAAAGUUGGCGCUACAGCUGCUGGAGACAGCGGUGGCCCGUGGGCAGUGGCUGAUGCUGCAGAACUGCCAUCUCCUGGUCAAGUGGCUGAAAGACCUGGAGAAAGCCCUGGAGAGGAUCACCAAGCCGCACCCCGACUUCCGCCUGUGGCUCACCACCGACCCCACGAAGGGCUUCCCCAUUGGGAUUCUGCAGAAGUCCUUAAAGGUUGUCACGGAGCCACCCAAUGGGCUGAAACUGAAUAUGAGGGCAACCUACUUCAAGAUCUCUCAUGAGAUGCUGGAGCAGUGCCCACACCCUGCCUUCAAGCCCUUGAUCUACGUGCUGGCAUUCUUCCACGCUGUGGUGCAGGAGCGCAGGAAGUUCGGGAAGAUAGGCUGGAAUGUGUAUUACGACUUCAAUGAGUCAGACUUCCAGGUCUGCAUGGAAAUUCUGAACACAUACUUAACGAAGGCCUUCCAGCAGCAUGACCCAAGGAUCCCGUGGGGUAGCCUCAAGUACCUAAUUGGAGAGGUCAUGUAUGGAGGGCGGGCCAUUGACAGCUUUGAUCGCCGUAUCCUGACUGUCUACAUGGAUGAAUACCUGGGAGACUUCCUUUUUGAUACUUUCCAGCCAUUCCACUUCUUUUGGAACAAGGAAGUGGACUAUAAAAUCCCUGCUGGUGAUGUAAAGGAAAAAUUUGUUGAAGCCAUUGAGGCCCUCCCACUUGCUAACACACCUGAAGUGUUUGGCCUUCAUUCCAAUGCCGAGAUUGGAUAUUACACACAGGCGGCUCGGGACAUGUGGACUCACCUCCUGGAGCUACAGCCUCAGACGGGGGAAUCCAGCAGUGGCAUCAGCCGCGAUGAUUACAUUGGCCAAGUGGCCAAGGAUAUAGAAAACAAGCUGCCCAAAGUCUUUGACUUGGACCAGGUCAGGAAGCACCUUGGCUUCGCAAUCUCCCCGACGUCAGUGGUGCUCUUGCAGGAGCUGGAGCGCUUCAACAAGCUCGUGGUACGGAUGACCAAGUCUUUGGCUGAACUUCAAAGGGCCUUGGCUGGAGAUGUUGGAAUGAGCAGUGAGUUAGAUGAUGUGGCCAGGUCUCUUUUUGUUGGGAAUAUCCCUAAUAUCUGGAGGAAGCUUGCCCCUGACACCUUAAAGUCCCUUGGAAACUGGAUAGUCUACUUCCUACGACGGUUCAGCCAGUACACGCUGUGGGUCACCGAGAGUGAACCCAGUGUGAUGUGGCUCUCAGGGCUGCACAUCCCAGAAUCCUACCUUACGGCCCUGGUGCAGGCCACCUGCCGGAAGAAUGGAUGGCCCCUGGACCGUUCCACCUUGUUCACGCAAGUGACCAAGUUCCAAGAAGCAGAUGAAGUGAACGAGCGGGCAGGACAAGGAUGCUUUGUCUCAGGACUGUAUCUAGAAGGUGCUGACUGGGAUUUAGAGAAGGGAUGUCUUGUCAAGAGCAAACCCAAGGUACUGGUUGUGGACCUGCCAAUCCUGAAGAUCAUCCCCAUUGAAGCCCAUCGCCUCAAACUGCAGAAUACCUUCCGGACCCCUGUCUACACCACCUCCAUGAGAAGGAACGCUAUGGGAGUUGGCUUGGUUUUUGAAGCUGAUCUCUUUACCACAAAGCACAUUUCUCAUUGGGUGCUACAAGGGGUAUGCCUCACCCUCAAUUCUGAUUAACCUUUGGGCAAAGAAAACUGGAUAACAAAUCCUGAGCCGGGGGUUAGUGGUGGAUGCUCUGGGGCUUGGAGAAGGAGGAUGUUGUUUGCUGUCAUUUCUUGGGGCCUCUCAAGGGGCAGGGGGAGAUUUAUAAUGAUCUUCCUUAUAUUAAAAAUCAGCCAUUUAAAUCUUUCUGUACAAAUUAACCUGAAUGGUUUUGGUUUUUAGCUACCUUUUUUUUUU